UUGAGUUUCUAAAUAAAAUUUACUAAAAAAACUAAGAGAUAAUCGACGUAUUUAGCCAGAAGUUUUCAACACUUUUGAGUGUAUAUAAGGAAUCACAAUAACUCUUCCACACCACCCCAGCCAAAACCCUUUCUCAUUCUUCCUCAAAUCUUUUUCAUUGAGAUGGAAGAAGUUCAAAUCAUCUCCACAUGUUUAGUCAGAUCAACAUCAAAUGAAUCAAUCUGUGACAACAACACUCCUAAAGUUUCUAAAAUUGAUAUGACACCAUGGGAUUUACAAUUCCUCCUUCUUAACACUGUCCAAAAAGGUCUCCUAUUUUACAAACCAAAAGAAGAAGAAAACACCCUUGUCAUCAAAUCAACAUUCAUUGACCCCUUAAAAACAUCCCUUUCUCACACUUUACACUUUUUUCCUCCGUUAGCCGGCCGUUAUUCAACUGUUAAAAAUGCUGACGAUGACACGGUUUCUUUCUUCAUAAACUGUAACAACGCUGGCGUGGAAUUCACCCACGCUGUUAGUCCAAAAUUAACUGUAUCUGCAAUUCUUUCUUCAUCAACUUUAAUAACACUGUUUCCGCUCAAUAAUGUUCUUAAUAUUGAAUGUGUUACUAAGCCUUUACUUGGUGUACAAGUAACAGAACUUGUUGAUGGGUACUUUAUUGGGUGCACCAUGAAUCAUGGCUUAGUAGAUGGGACUUCUUUUUGGCAUUUCUUGAAUUCUUGGUCCGAAAUUUCUCGUGGGUACGAAGUUAUUUCCAAGUUCCCAGUUUUAGAACGUUAUUUUCCUGAGAAAAUGGAUGUUCCCAUUCAUCUUCCCCUGAAGUUGGAUGAUGAAAAAUUGUUUGAAAAAACUGAAGUUCCAACAUUGGUGGAGAGGAUUUUUCAUCUUAGUAAAGAAAAUAUAGCUAAACUCAAAGAAAAAGCAAAUUCUGAAAUGGGCACUAAAUCUAUUUCUUCUUUGCAAGCUCACUUGGCUCAUUUGUGGCGCUCAGUUACUCGUUGUCGCAGACUUGAUGCUGAGGAAGAAGUCGUCAUCACCCUUAUCAUAGGUACAAGAUCGAGGCUAAAUCCUCCUCUUCCAGAAGGGUAUUUUGGAAAUGCACUUCAUUUCAAGCAAGUAAAGACAACUGCAGAGGAGUUGCUGGAAAAUGGAUUAGGAUGGGCUGCAAUGCAAAUGAACAAGAUGGUUGUUUCUCAAAAUUCUGAAGAAGUGGUGCAAAUGUACAAAGGUUGGGUUGAAAAUCCAAGUUUAAUCAGUAAGGGUUCAGUAUAUGGGGGGAAUACUAAAUUGGCCAUUGGUAGUACUCCAAGGCAUAGUAUUUAUCGUACUGAUUUUGGUUGGGGAAAACCAAUUGGUGUGAGGAGUGGGAUGGCAAAUAAAAGUGAUGGGAAAAUUACUUUAUUUCCUGGUGCAAAAGAAGGAAGUGUAGAUAUUGAAGUUUGUCUUUCACCUGAGACUUUGCAAGCAAUGGAGAAUGAUCAAGAAUUCAUGGAAGUUGUAACUAAGAUUUAAAAAUUCCUUAGUUUUGUCAUGUUGUAUUGCUUAUUUACUUUGAUUAAUCAGUAAUAAAUACUUUUGAAUAAGAAAAUAACAAA